AUGAUUUACAGGAAAAAAGAACGACACGAAAUGGGGAAAAUGGCCAAUGCAAAGUUGGACAGUAAGAUGCAAGAGGAGAUUGCUAAUAAGUGGAGGAAAUUGAACCCUAAAGAGAACGCAACAUAUGGUUCUGCCUUGGAAGGUUCGACUGGGCAAGUAGAAGGUUCAAGUGGGCAACGGUUAGCAAUUAAUGCUAUUGGGUUCAAUCCAGAGACGUCUUCUAUAGAACUGCACGGCAAAGUGUUUGGAAUAAGUCCCGUUGAGUUUGGGCGUGUUAUGGGCCUUAAGAACACCGACGAGGAUGUUGAAUUCGACUCACUGGUAGAAGAUGAAAAGGUGAAACAUUUAGUGAAGAGUUUCGGUGGAAAUGGCAAGAGAGUAUUAGUAAGGGGUUUAGCUGAACAACUGGAAAAGUGCGAAAAUGCGGAUGAGGACUUUAAAGUUCGAUUUGUGAUGUUCGCACUUGGCACUGUACUUUGCCCGACAUCUUCACCAUCAGUGACCGGGAACUAUUUAACUUUCUUGAUGAUCCCAGGGAAGAUAGAGACCAAGAACUGGGCCGACCAUGGAUUCAAGUUCUUAUGUGAAGGUGCUUUGGAUCCCAUUGUGUCCUGGGACAAUCAGUCGGUGUGGAAAAUGAUUAAAUGGGUUAGAAAGGAAGGUGGGUUUGAGAGUCCUACAGUUCGGGUUGUUUCAAAGCACUGUCCAACGAAUGAAGUGUCCAGAGUAAACCUUGAAAGAAUUGUUCAAGAAGUUUCUAUGAGUUUGGCGCCAGUCAUACAGGCUAAGGUGAAGCGAUCAAUUGAAGGACUUGCUUUAGGGCCAAUAAUACAGGCAGAGGUCCAGCGGUCAGUGUUGGAACUCACUGACAAGGAGGACGGGCCACUGAAAAUACGAGAUGAAGGUGGUGAGAAUUUUGUGAAGAAGAAGGGUGAAGAAUCUAGCAAAUUAAAGGAGAAAGGUGCAGUUGAUGUAAACGAUCCUUGGACGCCAUUACCGGAUGGACAGACUUUCAGUGAACCCGAGUUGAAAAUUGGCGUGGAAAAGAAGAAGUUCACAAAAUUGGCCCAUGGUGAUCAUAGUGGAAUUCAAACACGUCGAACGGCCGAAAGGCGUCCAGGGCUUCAUUGUAGAGAGCCAUGGGUUGACCCAUCAAGCGCAAAAGGAAAGGCUAUUAUUGAACACGCAAGUGUAUUAUCUACAAGAAAAGGGGUCAGGGAAUUGGAGCAAGUUAAUAAUACAAGUGAUGGUAAACUUUUUGAAUUGGGUGCCAAACUUAGAAGGGAAAACUCAAACCGGUUCACCAUAGGCCUUAAAAAGUGCGAGAAGGUUGAAAUAUGGGAUAGCCUCCCCGGUUCUCAAUACAACGCAGGUCGUUAUCAAUUGGCGGAAAAAAUUAUGAAAGCUUUGGACUACAUUUACAAUGAUGAGAUUGUCAAAUAUUUUCAAAAGGGAUGGCAGUUUGCAAAAUUCAACAUUGUGCGAAGUGACAAGGCUCGCAGACAACUAAAUGGAUGCGAUUGUGGUAUCUACGUUAUGAAUUUGCUAGAAGACAUUGAAUGCAAAUCACACGGUUCAAAUAAAUUUCAACAUGCAAGUGAGCGGGUUCGCAUUGCACUAUCAUUGCUGAAGAACCCAAAAAAUACGCGUCUAAAGGAAGUAAGGGAGUCUGCUCGAAGAGUUGUUGACGAAGAACUUGACAAGUUCGCCGAACUUGGUCCCUUCAUCCCUCAUCAUCCCAUCGCAAGGAAGCCAAUGAUACGCUCCCAGGCAAAGUAG